AGGUAUGAUAUUUAUUAUUGUGGUUUAGACUACAUCCGUUAUCACAAUACAAAAUGUUAUCUCAUACUUAUUUGUUGUGAGACGUAAUUAUAAUUUAGUAAAAUUGUUACUGUAUAUUGGUGUCGACUUGGUUCAUCAAAUAAGAUGUUGGAUGACCAUAUCGUUCCGGACUCGAUUGACGAGGCUCCAUCCUCGAAGUUGACCAUAACUUUCGACAACGACGUAGAAGUGAACUUCGGCGAAGAACUGACACCCACCCAAGUCAAAAACAAACCUGAAGUUUCAUGGGAUGCGGAUCAUUCCAAAUUCUACCUUUUGUCAAUGACAGAUCCUGAUGCUCCAAGUCGUGAUGACCCAAAAUUUAGAGAGUACAAUCACUGGUUGGUGGGAAAUAUUCCUGGAGAUGAGAUAGAUUCUGCUGCAGCAGAUGUCCUGCAUCCAUUUCAGAGCUCGGGACCCCCAAAGGGCACGGGAUUACAUAGAUAUGUCUUCUUGGUGUAUGAGCAAAAGGAAAAGUUGAACUUUAAGGAGCCAAGAGGUACGGAAUUUUCGAGGGCAAAUAGAAAAAAUUUCUCUAUACGUGACUUCGCCAAAAAAUAUAAAUUGGGUAAUCCAGUUGCUGGAAAUUAUUAUCAGUCGCAAUGGGAUAAAUACGUCGAAGAAAGGAACAAGAAAUUCAGUGACUAAUUAUUAAAUUCUCAACUAUAAUAUUAUUAAUUUUUAUGUGUUCCAAUAUUAAAUAUACACUGCUUUAUUUAAGUAUUUGUUUUUCUUAUAAUACAAUAUAUAUAUU